AUGUCAUCCACAGCAGCAAAAGACGGCUAUGCAGGCUACCCCCAGCUAUCUGUUCCGAGGGGUAGAGACUUCAGUGGCGGUGACCUCCUGGCUCAGACCCUAGUUCACCUAGGCGUGAGCGUCGCGUUUGGCCUGCACGGCGGCCAUCUCGACGCUUUUCUUAUGGGAGCACAUGAUUCUGGAAUUCGCCUCAUCGAUACCAGACAUGAGACGGUUGCUGUGCAGGCUGCUGAGGGCUACGCCAAGGUCAAGGGCCAAGUCGGUGUGUGCUUCUUCACUGCGAAUAGUGGAUUCGGCAACGCGUUGGCCGGCAUUUCGACUGCCAUGGCCGAUAGGAGUCCUAUCUUCUGUAUUACAAGCUCUGCGCCGCAACGUGAUGCCGAGAUGAACGUCCUGCAAGGCUUCCACGACCAGAUCGUUGUCAGCAAACCUGUCACACGCUUCUGCCAUCGCUGUGUGCACGCUGAAGAAAUUCCAAGACUUGUGUCCCAUGCCUUUCAUAUGGCUACCGCGAGUCCACCAGGGCCGGCACUGAUUGAUUUCCCCAUCGACGUCCUUUUCUCUCCAGUAGAGCCGAAACGCAUCUCCUGGGGCUCGAUCCGGAUGAAGCCGUCCUAUCAAGCAGGUCCGCAUCCGGAGGCUAUUGAGAAGGCUGUGCAAAUGUUCUCUGCAUCGAGGCGCCCGGUCAUGAUCACUGGCGCAGGAGCUAGGGGCCUUGAGGAGGACUCAUGCUUCCAUGACUUUGUUGCGAAAGCUCAAAUCCCUACCUUUCAUAGCAACGAGUACUCGGGUGCUCUGCCCAACAAACAUCCUCUCCGGGGCGGCGUUGCGAACCUCUUGAGUGGCCUUAAAGUAAUCAACCAUCCGGCCCCGGAUCUUGUGUUAUUGCUCGCAGCGCGGACAGGAUUCUUCCUGGGGAGCCGAGGCUCCCCUUGCAUACCCCACCCGGAUGUAUGCCAGUAUAUCCAGGUGGAUGUAGACUCUGGGGAAAUCGGCAGGGCCCAUGAAAUCCACCUUGGCAUUACAUCAGAUGCCAAGCCGGCCAUGGAUGCUCUGGCUAGCGGCCUGGCCAGCGUCCACUACACAGCACCAGCUGACUGGGUCAAGACGACAAUGGGACUGAAGGCCGGGCCGAUGCCUCAGGAAGAAGACGCUGAAGAAUAUGAGCCCGGUAAAGUGCAUCCAUACCAUGCACUCAAGCGGGCAUUCUCUUCUUUGCCCGAGGAUGCAACCUUGUCCAUAGAUGGUGGCGAAGUCGGCAGCUGGACUGCCAUGACCAGCGAGUUCCUGCGCCCGAAAAGAAUCAUCUUCAGCUGUGGGUAUCUCGGGUUCCUUGGCAAUGGCUGGGGCUACUCCUUGGGCGCCAGCAUUGCUGAGCCGGACCGCCUGGUUGUAAACAUCCAAGGCGAUGGCUCCGGAGGUUUGCACAUUGCGGAGCUCGACACCUACGCCCGCUUUGGUGCCAAGAUUCUCACGAUUGUCUGUAACAACUACUGUUGGGGUAUGAGCCAAGGCGGGCAGGAGAUCAUCUACGGUUCUGUUACAAAGACACGCCCUGCGGCAAUACUCUCACAGGAGAUGAACUUCAGCACCGUUGCUGGAGGCCUAGGGUGUGCCUCUGAGCGCGUCAGCAGACCAGCAGAUAUCGAUAAUGCUGUCAAGAGACUGGCUCAGAGUGCGUUGUCGGGCAAGCCGGCUCUCUUGGAAAUCAUCACGAGCUCACACCCUAUCCACCCCGGUACCAUUGCCAUGGUUGGUAACACGAAUGACAAAAAUGUCAUAGUUGUACCUUACUAUGACAAUGUGCCAAGGCCUCACUACAGCUGA